AUGGUUACGACAAAAAAAGGAAAAAAAUUUAAGGGGGGAAUAAAAAAAGAAGGUGGUAAACAUACAACAAAGGAGAAUAAACAAAAGAACACAAAGAAAUAUGGAGGAGAAGAAGAAAUAGUAGAAAAAACAAACAUAAUUACAAUUAAGAAAAAGGGAAUGAACGCCGUUUUCAGAUCCCUCUGUCGAGAUUUAGCUAAUGUGUUUACUCCAUAUAGCAUAACUUUUUAUAUAAAGAAAUUGAAGAACUUAUCUGAAUUGAAGAAAAAAUUGAAAGAGUUAAACUAUAAAUACACAAUUUGCUUACAUAUAAGCAAUCAGAAAUUUCUAUAUAACAUCACAAGUAAUUACACUAAAUUGACAUUAACAUUUAUAAUUCAAAGUUUUACAAAUUCUGCUAUAGUUAGAAAAAAAUCACCCCAAUUUGUAUUUCAUAAUUUUAAUAAAUUUAAGCCUUUACUCAUUUUGAAAAAUUUUAAUAACUGUGAAAACACAGAUAUGUUAAAUUAUUUAAUUAUUACACAAAAUAUAUUGAAAAAUCUCUUCCCCAAUAUAAAUUUGAGUGCUGACCAUGCUAAUAAACCCAAAAGAAUUAUAUUGUACUCCUAUAAUAGUUCUGAUGAAACUAUAUAUUUUCGUCAGUAUUUAACAAAUAUAAGAACAAAAUCUGUUAAAGAAAUAAUAAAUAAAGCUUACGAAAAUACGGACUUGGGUGAGUGUAGCAAUAUGUAUGACUUUUUAUCAAAUCAUUUGGAUCUAAAUAGUUCAAUAAAGGAUGAGGAAAAUGAAAUGAUAGAAUUAGGGCCUCGUGUUAGUUUCAGGAUUUAUAAAAUUGCCGAUCAAGACAAAGUUAUAUAUUCAAUGGGAGAUAAAAAGUGA